CAAGCUAUCUAUCGAAAUAAUCCAAUAUCCGUUCUCAUCUUCUAUUCUCCACUUUUACACGCAAAUCCCAUUCUAUAGCAUCUCGCGACCCAAUUUCUUCUGUUGCCAUCAAUUUCCAGAACCGAGGAACAGCUCAGAAGGACAAAAUAAUGAGGGCUAACAUAUCAGAACUCGAGAAACUAGAGCUACUCCACAAAUCGGAGGUCUUCAAGAUCAAAGGCAGGGACAAGCAAGGCCGCAAGAUCCUUCGCAUCAUCGGCAAGUUUUUCCCGGCGCGGCUCGUGAGCGUUGACCUUUUGAAGAGGUACUUGGAGCAGAGGAUUUUUCCGAAAUUGGAGAAGAAGAAAUUCUCGGUGGUGUACGUUCACACCGGCGUUCAACGGAGCGAGAAUUUCCCAGGAAUCUCAAACUUGAGAUCAAUCUACGAUGCGAUUCCGUUGAACGCAAAGGAAAAUCUGGAGGCUGUGUAUUUCGUGCACCCAGGCCUCCAGGCACGGCUUUUCCUCGCCACGUUUGGCCGUUUUGUCUUCAAUGCAGGGUUGUACGGGAAGGUGAGGUACGUGAGCAGGCUGGACUAUCUGUGGGAUAAGGUGAGGAGGAAUGAGGUGGAAAUACCAGAGUUUGUGUACGAUCACGAUGAAGACUUGGAAUAUCGUCCCCUGAUGGAUUAUGGAUUGGAGAGCGAUCACGCUAGGGUGUGCCACCCGUCCUCUAUUGAUUCCCCUAUCUCUACCUUCUCCAUGAGGUGCCUCUCAUAGGAUCAUCCCUCUACCCUCCUCCAAAAUGGAAACUAUCACAACCGGUUACAUAUGUAACUCGCCAAAUACUACCGUUCUUUUCUUGGUUCAUACUUGAAUUAAAGUUGUUUCCCCACUUAAGUUUUAGGUCUGUUCUUAUAUUUUUAGCUAGGUAAGCCACGUGUAAUCCUGUGAAUAGAUAUUUUUGAAUCGUUAUCAUAUAUUCAGUCGUUUUGUUCA